AUGAAAUUCGGUUGCCUGUCCUUCCGACAGCCCUAUGCAGGAUUAGUUUUAAACAAAGUCAAAACAGUAGAGACUCGCUGGCAUCCUUUGCUAGCCGACUACAAGAACUGCACCAUUGCUAUUCAUAUAGCUGUUAAGGACUGGGAAGAUGAAGCAUGGAGAGCAAUUCUUCUGAGUAGGUUUGGUAUGACACCAAAACAAGUGCAAGAUUUGCUGGAUAAAGGAGAAAAAUUUGGCAGAGGAGUUAUUGCAGGAUUAAUUGACAUUGGAGAGACAUCACUUUACCCAGAAAACCUGCCUCCUGAAAAGAUUCUGGAGCUGGAAAACAAGGCUGUCCUCAGUAAUCUAGAGCAGAAAUACUUGACUGUUCUUUCAAAUCCAAGAUGGCUCCUGGAACCAAUUCCUGCCAGAGGGGGAAAAGGUGUGUGGCAGGUGGACAUCCCUGAAGAACUGAUACCUGCAGAAGCAUAGGUGCUGCCCCUUAUUAUUAUUCUUC